AUGAAUUACAUAACAAAUAAAGAACAUUUCAGUCAUAUCAAAACUCAUGCUUUGGGAUCACUCCAAUAUAUAAAUCAACGUCCAUUAUUAAGAUGGUUUUUACUCAGUGCAGGUUUCUUUACAUUAAAGAAAAUUGGUAAAAUUAUUAAAAACAGAGUAAAGAAUAACACAAUUUUAGAAAUUGACUUCACUCAAAACAUUGAUACCUCAGAUGUUGGUAUGAACCCGAUUGAAAAAAUAUUCGAACCAAAUACAAUUACAUUUAAAGAUAUUUUAGAGUCAUUAGAAAAAGCCUCCACUGAUAAAAAAAUUAUUGGUUUAAUUGUUAAAUUGGGUGGGGAAAAUCAAUUAAGUUUAUCAAAUAUUCAAGAAUUUAGAAAUGCAGUCCAAGCUUUUAAAAAGAGUGGCAAGAGAGCAGUAGUAUUCACUGAUUCAUUCACUGAGGUUGGUAGUGGUAUUGCUAGAUAUUAUUUAGCUUCAGCUUUUACCGAUGUAUAUAUGUCACCAGCAGGUACUGUAAAUCUUAUUAAUAGUCAGUAUGAUUUUGCUUUUGUUAAAGGUACUCUUGAAAAAUUAGGUGUAGUUCCAGAUGCUCUUACAAGAAAAGAAUAUAAGAGUGCAUUAAAUAGUUUAAUUAAUGAAAAAUUAACAGAGGCAGAAAAAGAAUCAAUGAAUGCAAUUUUCAAAAGUUUAUAUGAUCAAAUUAUUUUAGACAUUAGUAAAGAUAGAGGUUUAACAGUUGACCAAGUUAAUGGUCUUUUUGAAACUGGUCCAUUUUCAGCAGACAAAGCAUUAGUUAAUAAAUUAAUCGAUGCCACAUUAUAUUCAGAUGAAGUUUAUACAACCACAUAUGAAAAAUUAAAUAUUGCUAAAGAGAAUGCUAAUCUUUUAUUUGCCCACAAAUAUAAUCAAAAAUCACCAAGACUAUACUCUAAAAAGAAUAAGAAUCUUAUUGCUUUAAUUAACUGUGAAGGUACCAUUCAUCAAGGUGCUGGUAAAACUAAAUUUAAUGGUGGUCCAUCGAUUGGUUCAGACUCAUUAGUCUUAGCCAUUAGAUCAGCUGUUCAAGAUAAAGAUGUUAAGGCCAUUAUUCUUCGUGUAAACAGUGGUGGUGGUAGUUAUAUUGCUUCUGACCUUGUUCAUCACGAAAUUGAAGCUGCCAAGAAAGCUGGUAAAAAGAUUGUUGUCUCAAUGGGAACAUAUUGUGCUAGUGGUGGUUAUUUCAUUGCUUGUAAUGCCGAUAAAAUUAUUGCUUUGGGUGCUACUCUUACUGGUUCUAUUGGUGUUUUAACAGCUAAAUUUAAUCUUCAACCAAUGUGGAAAAAGAUCGGUGUUACAUUUGAUGAUCUUCGUCUCAAUCCAGAUGGCACUAAAGACAAUGCUACAUACUUUUCAUCACUCCAUAAUUAUAAUGAAAAACAAUUAUCCGAUGUUAACAACUAUUUAGACUUUAUUUACGAAGAUUUCACAUCAAAGGUUAGCAAAGGUAGAAGACUCACACGUGAUCAAGUCGAAGAAAUUGCUCGUGGUCGUGUUUGGACAGGUAGCCAAGCUCUUGACAAUGGCUUGGUUGAUAAAAUUGGUGGUAUUAAAGAAGCAAUUGAGGCUGCCAAAGAGCUCUGCUCAAUGCCAUCAACUUCAACACCAUAUGUUGUUACUUAUCCAAAAGAAAAUAUUGUUCAAGCCCUUCUUUCACAACCAAAUAGCUCUAGAGAUCUUGAAAAACGUGGUUUACCAGUUCAAAGCAGUAUUAGUUUAUCAAGUAUUGGUGUUGUUACAUCAAUUUUCACAAAAUUCACUUCAUUAUCGAAAUUGGUUUUGGGUUUACCACAAACAAAAUCUAUAGUUUCAAAUUUACAAACUACCUCUGAUUUAUCAAUGGAUAUAAAUCAAACAGUUGUAUCGAAUUCAUUUUUAUAA